AUGAAAUACGCUCUACUCAGUAUUAUCACAGUUCUAUGUCACGUACCAAGCAUCGUUGGAUCAUACCAGGACGAGACACGAAACAUCAUGCCAGAAAUGCCCUACUCUGCCACCAACAGCACGAUCACACAGCCAAUCACAAUAAUUUCUGACCCGCCGGAUGAGCAAGAAAGUCUGGUAACGAUCGAUUCAGACUCAGCCCAACAACCAGUAUCGGGUAACGAUGUUGACGAACACUCAGGCCCUACGGACUCGGAUGAGAACGCCCAAUCUGUCACAACAGAGGAGGAUACUGCCGCAGACACUCUCAACCAAGCGUUGGAUGUGCGUAUUCCGUAUACACUCUUUCGUGGGUUUAAGAUGCUUAACUUCGGAGUUGAAGACAAUUCACAGCAAUCGUCGGAAGGACUGGCGGAAUGCACGCCGGUACCAAACGGAAAUAAUGCCGACCAAGGUUUGAAUGCAGUUGGCACAAGGCCUGAAACAGAUUUGGAUGAUCACGGCACCGGAUCACAUAAUAUGAUUGAGCAGAGAUAUGUAGGAAGCUAUAUGUACUGUAUCGAUGCAGGAUCAAGCGAAGAAAUAACGGAGCAUCCUGACCUGUCAUCCUCAGCAGAAUCAUCAGAACUAAACGAUACUGCGGACGUACCGCCCUCAAGACCAUCGUUCAAGACAUGGAAAUUGAAUUUAAAUGGCCAUUUUGAGGCACCAGAUUUUGAAACUCAGCAGAAAGUUCUUGAUCUGUCAUUUUCUGACCAAACGAGUCCGACACCAAAAUGUAAGGAACCAUCAGAAAAAAACAAAUUGUUAACGUGUAGAGAUGCGUAUAAUCCACAAGCUAACGAUCAGUUCUGUUCAUAUUCCAUAACCGAUUUCAUUCAAGUGGAAUCAGCAGAUUCGGAUGAAGAUACUGGCGCUUUGUCCCCCAAGUCCGGAGAACAAAACUCUGAAUCCGUUGGUGCAUUGUCUGAAUCACCAACCGCAAGUACAAAUACCACUGUUUGCACGAAUAGCAGUUUAGUUAAACGGGUCGCCGCGAUAAAUACGAAGCUAGCCGGAUUAAGGAAAUUAAUAUGCAGCAACCAUAAACAUCUCACGGUAUCGGAUUACACAAGGCUGUUGAACUACCAAUUAUCCAUGUGCGAUUGCGUAAAUUUAAUGAUGAAGCGAUUUAAAACGAACACACAAAGCAUUUUGCAUCAUGAAGCUGCCGUAAAUUCUUGCGAGAAACUUCUCAAAAACAUUGAACAUCUCGUUGAAAGCUCAGUUGCAAUUUCAGACCCUGCCAAGGCAGCAGACUUAGAGGAACAAUUCUUGUUACUCGAUGCGGAACAUUCCGCCUUGAAAAGGAGCCUAAAAAAUCAGGAGUUUUGUAUUGGAUGA